AGAUGGCGGAGUUCUUUUCGUAUUAUGGAGUAAGUGCAAAUUUGAUCAGUUACUUGACGGGCCCACUUGGUCAAUCCACCGCCACGGCGGCGGAGAACGUAAAUGCUUGGUCGGGAAUUGCCAUGCUUAUGCCGUUGUUGGGGGCUUUCGUCGCUGACUCAUUUCUCGGCCGGUACCGGACCAUUGUUGUUGCUUCUGCGCUCUAUAUCCUGGGAAUAGGGCUAUUGACGCUUUCAGCCUUCUUAACUUCUUUCAAGUCAUCCGACUGUCAAACUACAUCAAAUAGUAUUACUCUUUGUCCUCCUUCUCAGCUUCAAGUCAUCUUAUUUUUCUUCUCAUUAUACCUAAUAGCACUAGCACAAGGAAUGCACAAGCCUAGUAUUCAUGCAUUUGGAGCAGAUCAAUUUGAUGAAUCACAUACAGAAGAAAGUAAAGCCAAGAGCUCGUUCUUCAAUUGGUGCAAUGUUGGUACUUGUUUGGCCAUCACCCUUACCUAUUUAACCUUGACUUAUAUUCAAGAUAGCCUAAGUUGGGGUCUUGGAUUUGGAAUUCCUUGUUUGGUCAUGAUUUUUGCACUAGUUUGGUUUCUUCUUGGUACUUUCACGUAUCGGUUUCAUGCGACUCAUAAUGAUGAUCAAGGACAAGGACAAGGCAAACCCUUUUCGAGAAUUGGUCGGGUGUUCAUUAAAGCAGCCAAGAAUUGGAGAACCAUUUCCUGUGCAAAAGGCAUGGAUGCGGAGAAUCAAGAGCAUGUUUUGCCUAAUUUGGGCUCUCAACAAUUCAAGUUCCUAAACAAAGCGCUGUUAUCUUUUGAUGGCUCAAUGGAAGAAGGCCAAGUUUGUAGCAUAAGUGAAGUUGAAGAUGCUAAGACAAUACUAAGGCUGGUUCCGAUUUGGUGUUCUUGUUUUGCAUAUGGAAUUGUUUUUUCUCAGCCACCGACUUUGUUCACUAAACAAGGGCUUACCAUGGAGAGAUUUGUCACUUCAAAGUUUCAAGUACCCGCAGCCUCACUACAAUCUUUCUCUAGUGUCACAAUCAUGGUCUUCCUCUGCCUCUACGAUCGCGCUGUAGUUCCCAUAGCAAGAGCCAUAACCAGAAAAACUUCCGGCAUAACAAUGUUGCAAAGGAUCGGAACUGGAAUAUUCUUUUCAAUUUUGUGUGUCUUUGUAGCGGCUCUAGUUGAAAGAAAGCGUCUUGAAAUUAUCAAAGAGUUUGGUUUAGUUGAUUUGCCUAAUGCAACAGUGCCAAUGAGUGUGGCUUGGUUGUUACCUCAGUAUUUGUUAUUGGGAGUUUCUUGUGCUUUCACCAUUACCGGUUUGCAACAAUUUUUCUAUGAUCAAAUGCCUAAUGAAUUGAAAAGCACAGGACUUGCUCUCUACCUUACUACAUUAGGGUUAGGAGAAUUGCUUAGUAGUGUUCUCAUCUCUGUGAUUCAGAAGGUGACCGGUGGAUCAGACGCACAUGAUGAUCAUUGGUUUUCGGAUAAUCCGAUGAAAGGACACCUGGAUUACUUCUAUUGGUUGCUUGUUGGAGUUAGUACAAUGUCAUUUGCAGCUUUUGUGUACUUUGCAAAAGGUUACACUUACAGGAAUCAGUAACUCUUAUCACACUGCUAGCUAGUACAUGUUAUUUAAUUUCUUUUUCCUCUAAUAUAUUAAGCACUUGAUAUCUGAAAUAGUUUUCAACAUAUAUAUUAUAAUUGCUUAAUGUAAAUUUGAGUUUAGUAGUCCUAUUUAAGUAUUAAUAACUAGGACUUUUUUUCACUUUUUUUAAC